UCACAAUAUAUUCACAGUACCAUGUAUUUACUAAUUAGAUGGAAGAUAGACUAGUUAGAUGAGAUUUUACAUAGCAAUUGUAGAUAAUCCCACGACCGUACAGUGGUGCCGUAUCAUCACAGUAACAUUCAUAAAUUCUCGAAACAAAUUAGAACUCGAAAACAUACAUAUAACUCGACAAAGCACAUACAGUUCGAUAACAAUAUAUAGCUCAGCAAUAUAAACGAAAUUAGUGACUACAAUAAACACGUGCGUGCGGUUUUGGACUGCACAUUCUAACCGUAGUCAUGACAACAGUUGAACCCUCACCAACCCCCACGGUAUCACCGUCACCGACGCCAAGUUUCAAGGAUUGCGGUAUCCAAGGGUGCUAUGACGACACGCUUUCGGUGCAUAGCGUAUCGCUAUACAAGUAUGUUAAAGAGCACAGGAAAUUGGUCCGCGAACGAGAACAAAUCCGAAGUGACCUGGAGAGAGCCUACUGGGACUUGGGGAAGAAGCACGAGCGCCCUACCAUGCGUGUGGGGGGGUUCCUGUGCUAUGGUGGCACUAUAGUGGACUCGAUCGACUAUCUACAAGAUCAGCUCAAGGAAUAUAACCAAUUGGUGAAGGAGUCCAAGUACGAUGGAUUGCGCUAUCCGUACGGCACUGGCUUUGUGACGUUUAAGAACUUCCUCACGGCCAGUCUAGCCGCCAGCAGUCGACUCAGUGACAACAGUUCCGCAUAUAGCACAGACGGCGCACCAGAGCCCACGGACGUGUACUGGCCCAAUCUGCGCAUACAAAGCCUUGAGUUGACUGUGCGGACUAUAUGUGUAAAAAUCCUGACAUUCGCGAUGGUGGUGUUCUUUGCCAUUCCUGUGGCCUUUCUGCAGAGUUUUGUGACAAUUGAAAACUUUCAGAAAUGGUUCCCAUCGCUAGAGGAUUUUUUUAAUGACAACGCUGCCCUCACCGCAGCUAUUAAGGGUUUUCUUCCUGCUCUGAUCCUGAAUAUUUUGAUUAUGGUGAAAAUCUUCAUCACGAUGCAAUGGCAGCUGUUGGAUGUGAUUGAGUUGCUGAUUACGUCCAUUAAGCUGUGGUUCUUCGCCAGGACACCGCGAGAGAGACUCAGUGCCAUGAAGCCGGAUAUGCCAGAGUUUGCGUUCUUUGCCUCGGAUUUGAUUAUGGUGUAUUUGUUGGGGCUGUGCUUCGCCGUGAUUGCUCCCUUGCUCUCGCCAUUCGCCUUGUUGUACAUGGCGUGGGGCUAUUGGGUGCGCCGCUACCAGCUGCUGUAUGUACGUGUACCGAAGUUCGAGAGCGGCGGGCGUUUCUGGAACCUGUUCUUCAGCCGAAUUUGUAUCUCACUCGGAAUCGCACAGGUCACGGCGAUGGGCAUUCUUCUGGUGAUGGAGUUCUGGCCCGCCCCUGCGCUGUUGCUGCUGUGUGUACUCACGGCUAUAUUCUACUCAGUGGAGGAGGGCUGGUACAACUCUGACUCAAUGCCGUUACUACUGGCUCAGGACAUGGUAGCUAUGGAGCAGGUACACAAACGGUGGCUCAAGCAGAUCAGGCCGAUUGAUUCUCGGGCGAAUGUGGGUGGGCGGAAGUCAGUGGAUAUGUACAGGCGCAAACACGGUCCCAGGGAGAGUGCGAUGAGUAGACACUCAAACACACCAGCAUUCUCGGACGAUUUUAAUGUGUUACCAGAUGUGCACGAGACAAAGAACAAGGACAACCGAGAACGUAACGGUUUGCUACUGAAUACGUCUUCAGAGAGUGCGCAGCUACAGGCGCCUGAGAGCCACGACUCUCCACGCAGCGGAGACGAGUUGUCGAUACAAGCAUCAAACGACAAUGCCACCAAGAAGGAGGAUUGAGUAGUAACCCUCCAGGAGAAUUUUGAGACAAAUAUCCAAAAAUGGUAUAAGCCUGAUACUCGACCAGACGACUUGUGAAACAGGAAACGAUAUUUGAGAGCGCCGAAUCGAUCCAAGUUCCCCCCUGACAGUGGUUCACCUCCGAAUACGACCGUAAAUCGGGAAUCAAGCCGUAUUGAAAGAUGAUUUAUCUUGGUCUGUGGGCGUUUGCAGAGUUCUCCAUCAUGUUACCCUGGCCUGUGAACACUUACCUAUUGCACCAUCAUUUUCCUCCUGGGGAUAGUUGGAGAAUGAGUAACACUUGCGCACGGACGUGUUCACUGCAGAAGCUAUCAUUACUACCUGUCUCACUUUUGAGAAGCAAACCGAUAUGUAUAUGUGCCUGGCUGGUCCAGUGUAGAUCGAUCAGUUGAUAUAGACCAACCAACCAAUGAAAAGAUUAAUUAUCAGCUUCAGCGGCAAAAUAAAGACCAAUCACCACAAGUGUUUGCAAGAUAUCUUUGGUCAUUGGCACUACAACCUGUUCUUGUAUGUGAGCAGUUACAACUGGGGUUUGUGCCUGGUUAGACACUUUAGACUUGCCUGAGGCGAUUUAGGAUCAAUUGGUCGGGAACAGUAGACGUAAUUCUUUGUUCGGCUAUAUUGGAAACAAUAAAUUACCAAUUGCUAUGAGUCCUUUUGGGCAAAGUGCUGUACUAGCACUACAGCUUAUUGUUGUACAUAGAAAUUAUCUAUUAAAAAUGACGG